AUGGCCGUGAAAGAGAAUGGGGUGCUGUCAAAUGGUUCUGCUUCGAAAUCUGGAAGCCAGGUCACAAGACAUGCCAAUCGUACAACAAGACCGUCUAAAGGGGCAGCCGCCUGGUUUACCUCCACGAUCAGCAGACUAGUAAUUUGGUAUGUUCUCAUCACAUGCAUUUUCCGAUGCCCCUCAAGUUCGAACGACCUUGGCGAGAGCUCGCCGCAAAUUUGCAAGCCAUAUUUGACGACCGUCUCGUAUCUAUCUCCACAUCUGGAGCCUUAUUACAACACAUAUGCGGCCCCGUAUGUUGAGAAACUUCAACCGUAUACUCAACAGCUGGAUCAGAAAGUAAUAACUCCAGUAACCCGGUUCACCAGAAACAACUAUCAAACGCAUGCUGCUCCACGAAUUGAACUCGCAAAAGCGUUCAGUCAGCAACAAUGGGAGAAGUCCGUACUGCCCCAAGUACAGACUGCUCAGAAGAAGACCUACGAUAUUUAUGGGGCCUCCGUCGCGCCGCAUGUCGAGAAGGCUUCGUCCGUUGUAGGUCCAUACUAUGGUUUCGCCAGAGACAAUGUCCUGAACAUCCAACAGAAGCAUAUCAUGCCAGCUUUGGAGAUAUCAAAACCAUACCUUGGCUCCACCUACGAUGCUUCGCAGACCUUUUUGGUCAAUACCGGAAUUCCCUAUGGGAAGUGGGCCUGGUCAUCCAUAGUCAUAUUUGUUGACGGUACUCUGUGGCCACAAAUGAGAGCUUUGUAUGGUGACAAUGUCAAGCCGCAACUGGUCAUGAUCUCUGAGAGAAUUGCGAAAUAUCAAGAAGGUCGAAAAUUAAAGGCUUCUAUGGAGAAGGUUGAGAGCUCGAUAUCAGCCGCCUCCGAAUCUGCAAGCGAAUCCACCGUUGCUGCAACUCCUGAAAUAAUCCCUGAGACCCCAACCCCGUCCGAAGAGUCUGCCCCUGCAAAGACCACCCUUACUGGUAAGGAACAGAUUGCAGCAGCUCGCGAGCAGGUCGCGACAGAUCUGCAUACUUGGCAGGAAAAAUUCUCGAAGGCCGCCGACAAAGGGUCUGAGGACUUGCAGGAGCGUGUUAAGGAAAUCAUUAAUGGACUAAUCAAGAGCGCGGUAGACGCAGAAGGCCCUGAGCUGUUGACCGCCCUGAACAAAACGGUCGAAAAGGAAAUUACUAAUUUCAAAUCCAAAGUUAUUGAGGUUGUUUCAACCCUUUCGCAUGAGUCUUCCAAAGAAGACGAGGAGAUAGCUGAAAAGGAGAUUCUAGAUUCUAUUCGUUGGAGCGCGAACUCAAUCAGAGAACGUGCAGCCGCUGUUCGCAAGUGGCACACAAAAUUUGAAACCAAUGUUGCGCAGCGGGCAGAAGCUGCAGCAGAUUCUACACUGGAUGUUCUUGAUGGUAUCCGUGACCUUGGUCUACAGGAAAUCGGUAUGAGAUGGGCGUGGAUGGACGGCGUCACCUACAAAGAUUGGGCUAAAUAUCACGAACUCAAGAAACAGUUCGAUCAUUGGCGAGAUGAGGUUCGAGACGUCGCGUCAAAGCAUGAGGUCAUUGAGGAUGCUAAGAGGGCGGGCAAUGUGAUUCUUGAUGAGGCUAUGGUCACUGCACAAACCGCGGCAAUGGAACUGGUGCAUUUAAAAGGAGUGGGAAAAUGGAAAAUACAAGCACGUGACUCCAGCGAUAACUUCGAAUCAAGGGUCAUGCCUGCCGCCGCAGUCUCGGCUGCUUCGAAGGUUGCCGAGGAUAUCAACAACGUUAGCGAAAGCCUUGCUGGAAGCACUCAGAGCACGAUGGAAUCACUAAGUGCAAAGGCCAAUCAUGCUGCUUCAGAAGCUGUCAAAAGUGCUUCCUCGGUCGUGAUGGGUACCAGCCAGGGCAGCGUUGAGUCCAUGGCAUCGAAAGCCACCGAGGCUGCUGCAGGUUUAGCUAGCUCGGCAUCAUCUGCUGUUGUGGGCACCAGCCAAGGUACUGUCGAGUCUGUGGUGUCCAAAGCCAGUCAAAGCGCCGCCGCCAUGGCAUCCGAUGCAUCUGCCGCAUUUGGAGGCGAAUCAAGCUCCGGGGCCCUCGAAAGCGUAGUGGCUUCAGCAAGAUCGGUUACUGACCAAUUAGGAGAUUCGGCAAGCUCGGCGGCUGACUCGAUAGUUUCAGCAGCCUCAUCAGCGAAAGAAGCUGUGUCUCCGUCCUCAUCUGGGAAUGCUGCGUCAUCCGCAAGCUCAAUCGCAUCAUCAGUCUCCAGCAAGGUCUUCGUGGGAGCGAUGGCGCAGGAAGUCAGCGACAGCACCCCAGUCUUUGACGACGUCAUCGACGAAAAUGAGGAAGCCACUUUCUCUGAGAAGGUUCAAAGUGUGGUCAAGGACGCUGGAGAUAGAUAUGCAGAUGUGACGAAAGCUGUGAGCGAGGCGCUUCUUGGCCGAUCUCAAGGCGCAAUGGAGAGCGCAUCUUCUGUGGCGAGUGAGCAAUACUCGAGCGCACUUGCAGCUGCAUCAAACGUGCUUUAUGGUACGACUCAAGGUACUGCCGAAAGCAUUACCAGCGCGGCGUCUGAGAAAUACAGCCAAGCUGUGUCUGCGGCAUCCGCUGCUAUAUAUGGUACACCAGUGCCUGCAAGUCAGUCCCUAGCCUCGCAAGCUAAUUCCGCCUACACCGAUGCUACGAGUCGAGCCCGCAGUCGAUAUCAGCAAGCCAAGUCUAUUGUGUCAGCACAGAUCUCCGGCACGCCCAAAGCUAUUCAUGAGGAGAUGUUCUCGUCUGUCGAGUCAGCUUAUUCUGGUUCCCUAGCCACAGCGAGUGGCAGGUUAGACUCUGCACUCAGUGCCGCUUCUCGACAAUACGCAUCCUUGACAAAUGCUGCUGGGAGCUUUGUUUCGCAUCCGACUCAAGGACCGCUCGAAUCUAUCUCGUCUGUCGCAUCCUCAAACCUACAGGUCGCAUUGAGCAAGGCGUCUGCCCAAUACUCUAGUGCCAAAAAUGCAGUUGGUGCAACGCCGACUCCUGCACAUCAGCAAUAUCUUCAGGACGCCCAGCGAAAUUACUAUGCUGCUCUUGGAGUAGCACAUGAGCGAUAUUCUGAUUUCGUGAACGCUGCCUCAACCGCCAUAUAUGGAAGUCCAACUCCAGCACUUAGCAGCCUAUCCGACGCUGCAUCGCAAGCGGUAUACGGAACGCCUACGCCAGCUCUUAGUAGCAUUUCUGACGCGGCUUCUCGAGCCAUUUACGGGACUUCCGACCUUGCUUACCAGAGUAUCAUGAGUGCCGCGUCUUCUCAGUAUGCUUCUGCUUCUUUAGCUGCUGCCGCUAACAUGGAAGCUUUCAUGUCUUCUGCAAAGUCCGCUGUGGGUGCUACCACAAAAUCUCCUGCCCAGAGCCUAUACGAUCAAGCCUCCUCUCAAUACAACAUGGCACUCUCAGCAGCUUCGUCUUCUUUGUCUGCUGCUGCUUCCGCUGCUAGUUCCGCUGCAUAUGGUACUUCUGCUGGGGUCGUGGAGUCUGCAGCAAGUCAAGCUUCACAGAACUGGGAGGCUUUGGUGUCGAAAGCUAGUGAACAGAUCUACGGCGCACCUACGCCUUUCUUUGCUUCUCUCACAUCACAAGCUGGUGAAUACACUUCGCAUGCUACUGAUGCAGCUGCUCUUCAAUACUCAAAUGUCCAAGCUUUCGUCUCAGAGCUCAUUGUUGGCAAAGAGCCAGAUUUUACGGAGUCCGUCAUGAACCGCCUUAGCUCUGCAUAUCAUACCGGGUAUCAUAUCAGUGUAGCCUUGUCAGCCUCCAGCUUAGCAGGCGAUGCCUAUCAGUCCGCAUCCUCCAUAGCGUUAUCGGUGUCUUCUGUGGCCUCAUCUGCUGCAUCUACAUAUUUCACACCUCCACCACAAAUCGAGUCCAUCCUCGGUGCAGCUACAGAGCAAUUGAAUGCCGCGGUUGAUGCUGCUAGCGUACAACUUUAUGGCACCACUAAGGGGACAAUUGAGCACGUCAAAUUAUCCGCAGCUGAGGCAUACUCUUCUGCUUCAUCUGCAGCGAGUGAGAAGGUCUACGGCACUCAAACGGGAUAUGCAGAAGCAGCCCAAAGUUCCAUGUCUAGCGCAAUCUCCAGUGCGCAAGCGGCGAUAAGCAGUGCGAUCUAUGGAACGCCAACCGGCACAAUCGAGUCUGCCACGAGUGUCGCUGGGGAUACAUAUUCAUCUGUUUCAUCUGCCAUAGCCGAGAAUGUUGCGUCUGCUGGAUCGGUUGCUAGCGGUGCGUACUUAUCAGCAGCGGCAAAAGUCAGCGAAGCCAUCUACGGCCCGGAACAAAGCGCAUUGGAAAGUGCCCAGAGUCGGUUGGCUGCCGCAGUUGAGAGUGCUCAGGCAAGAAUUGCUAAUUUUGCCUCAUCUGCUACCGAUGGUGCGUCUGACGUGGUGGAUGCAGCUAAGACCAAUGUCGAGUAUCUUGCCAGCAGUGUUUCCAGCAUGGCCAGCAGCGUUACUGGUAGAGUGAAGGAUGAACUUUGA